GUUGGAAUUUUGACUGAGCAGAUUGAAAGCCCAAGCCUGCGUGGCUUUCUGGUCCUCUUUCUCUCUGCUGCAGGGCAGGUGAGACGGCACGAUCACGAUGGCGGCCGCUGCGAGACCCCUCGUGACCGUGCAGCGGGGAGGGGACAGCAAGGAUGAGAGCCAGACCCACCUCCCCUCCGUGUUCACUGCCCCCAUCCGUCCCGAUAUUGUGCAAUUUGUGCACACCAGCCUGAACAAGAACAAGAGGCAGGCGUAUGCUGUCAGCGUGAAGGCUGGGCACCAGACGUCAGCAGAGUCAUGGGGGACGGGUCGGGCCGUGUCCCGUAUCCCUCGUGUUCCUGGUGGCGGGACACACCGGGCGGGACAGGGAGCGUUUGGCAACAUGUGCCGAGGGGGUCGCAUGUUUGCGCCCAACAAGACCUGGAGGAGAUGGCACAGGAAGGUGAAUGUGAACCAGAAGAGGUAUGCAAUUGCCUCCGCUCUGGCCGCGUCCGCAGUGCCUGCCCUGGUCCUUGCCCGCGGUCACCAGAUUGAGAAGGUGGCGGAGGUCCCGCUGGUCCUGCAUGAUGAGGUGGAGGGCCUCGAGAGGACCAAGGACGCUGUCAAGAUCCUGAGGAAGAUCGGCGCGUACGAGGAUGUGCUCAAGGCCAAGGACAGCAGGAACCUGCGCUCGGGCAAGGGCAAGAUGCGCAACCGGCGCUAUGUGUCCAGGAAGGGGCCGCUGGUGGUCUAUGGCACGGAGGGGGCCAAGAUUGCCAAGUCCUUCAGGAACAUCCCGGGGGUGGAGGUGGCGUCUGUGGACAGGCUGAACCUGCUGCAGCUGGCGCCCGGAGGUCACCUGGGGCGCUUCAUCGUGUGGACCCAGAGCGCCUUCGAUAAGCUGGACAGCAUCUACGGCACCCACGACAAGCCGUCCACCGCCAAGAAGGGCUACAAGCUGCCGCGCUCCAUCAUGGCCAACUCCGACCUCACCCGCAUCAUCAACAGCGAUGAGAUCCAGAGCAUCGUCAAGGCCCCCAAGAAGGAGCUCAAGAGGCGGCCCCUCAAGAAGAACCCCCUCAAGAACCUGGGAGCCCUCCUCAAGCUCAACCCCUUCGCCAAGUCCGCUCGCAGGCUGGAACUGCUGGCGUCGGCCCGGCAGGCCAAGGGCAGAGCGGAGAAGCUGGCGGCCAAGCGGACGGUUGGCGCGAGCAAGGAGGAGGUGAAGAAGGCGGGCGAGGCGCACUACAAGACCAUGAUCAGCGACAGCGACUACACCGAGUUCGACGUUUUCCAGAAGUGGCUGGGCGUGUCGCAAUAGGGGGCUUGACGGACAAAAGUUGGUCGGGAACGGUGUGGCCGGACUCAUGCGCACUUGGUGCAGUUGUUGGAGGAGAUUGGUCUUUCAUGCGAAAGGCGUGUACACAUGCAUAUCGAGGUUGUUUGGAUGCACUGAGUUUAAUGCAGGUUUGGGCAUCGGAUGUCGUAAAUGUUCAUGAACGCUUUUAUGCAAUGUGGCACAUGGAAUGUGUGGGUAUGUUUUUGAAGUGCUUAGAACGAGGGUGG